GAUGAACCUUUAUUACUUGUUCGCUUUAUUGUGUGUGGGUGUACUGAUUGAGGUUAUAGAUCCCAGAGCAAAUUAAAAAUAAUUUAUUAAAUUUAGACGGUCAUGAGGUUUACCAGCCAAUGAAAUUCAUAUUGCAAUGGCUUUACUCGGGGCUCAGCUGGUAAUAACACUGAUAAUGGUAUCAGUGAUACAAAAGCUUGGUAAUUAUUCGUUCGCACGAUGGCUAUUAUGUUCCCAAGGAUUGUAUCGCUAUCUAUACCCAGAUAACAGUGAAUUAAAGGCUUUGGCGGGAGUUCCUAAGGAUAAGCCGAAAGGCAAGAAAGGUGGGAAAAAUGAAUCAAAUGGAAAGCCGGAAACGUUUCACAUACCACGUAGCUUGGAUAUACAGUUAGAGAUCGCUCCAGUUACCCCCUUGGAUGUGGUCCACUUAAGGUUUUACACAGAAUACUUAUGGAUAGUAGAUUUUUCAUUAUACACAGGUAUUGUGUAUAUAAUGUCAGAGAUUUACACAUCAAUAUUCCCUUUGAAAGAUGAAUUCAACUUAAGUAUGGUGUGGUGUCUGCUAGUUGUACUCUUUUCAUUUAAAAUCCUUUUAUCUCUAACAAAGCAAUAUUUCACAAGUGAAGAAUCCAUUGGAGAAAGGUCGACGUGUAUUGUCGCUUUCUGUGUAUUUUUGCUCAUUGCUAUGAUGGUGCUCAUUGUGGAUGAAAGCAACUUGGAGGUUGGUGUAGAUCCAGCAUAUGAUAGCUUCUACGAAAAUGCAUCUAAGUUUCUGGAAAAUCAAGGCUUAGCAUCAGUGGGUCCAGCAUCCAAGUUAAUUUUAAAAUUAUCAUUGGCAGUGUGGGCAGCUAUUGUUGGCACUUUAUUUACUUUCCCAGGCCUAAGAGUUGCAAGGAUGCAUUGGGAUUCAAUGAGCGCGUGCCGGUGCCGCGCGAGCGCGUCGCUGGGCUGCGCGGCGGCGCUGGCGCUGCUGUGGCUGCGGCCGGUGGCGCGCCGCUACCUGGCGGGCCGCGUGUUCUCGGGGAUGGCGGAGCCGCUAAUGACAGAUCAAGCUUUUGACACACUCCGCCUUGUACUUGUGAUCGGCACCGUAUUGUUCCGGAUCGCUUUAAUGCCUAGACUGCUGCAAUCGUAUCUAGACAUGGCUCAACGUAGACUAGACGUACAAAAGAAGGAGGCAGGCAGAAUAACAAAUAUUGACUUGCAGAAAAAGAUAGCAUCAGUAUUUUACUACCUAUGUGUAGUGGCAUUACAAUAUAUAUGUCCAAUUAUAAUGUGUCUAUACUUAGCCCUGAUGUAUAAGACACUGGGAGGGUACUCGUGGAGUGCAUUAUUUUACAAACAGGAGGAGGUGAUGGUGGAAGAGAAACCGGUUGUGAAUUUAGAAGGCAUGGAACAAUUUCAAAUGGCUUGGGAAAAUUUAAAAAUGGUGUUUACUGAGGACGUUUAUCGCGGUGUAUUCGGUUUCGCUACCUGGUGGUGCUGCUUUGCGUGGUUCCUCACAACCGCAUUAGGUUCUAUGUACCAAACUUACUUCAGAAUCUCAUGAUCUUCGAUCUAGUCAUAGUUUUAUACUGUAAAGACGUACAAGUCUGCUUUAUUUACAUAGUCAUCUUAUUAAGUUGUUGAAAAGUUUGUGUACAUUUCCAGCACGAGUAGGACAAGUCUGAGCACUAGUUCUUGAAAUAAACAAUUUUAAUAAAUACUGAACGAUCACUGGUCGCUUUGCUGACAACUGAAAUUGACCAAUGACCAUUUAGAAAAAAGACCGAAUUACUUAAUUUGCCUUCGAUUAGAGUUAAAAAAUCAGAAGGUCUAUCUAAACAAAUGGUAUAGUAUGGAACAGUAUCGCAAAUAUUCUUUGUACAAUAAAUAUAUGACAAAAUUUAAAUUUGUUACCCUUCAAAAUGAUGACGACAUGAAGUUUUCUAACAACCUAAUAAUUUGAUUGUGAAAAAUGCUAUGGUUAAAGUUAAUAGCAUAUAGUAUAUGUAAAAAUAUACACUUUUUUAUCUUUUAUCUCAAACAUUGUCAUUUUUGCCAAUGUGUUGCAAUCCAUGUUAAUAUGUUUACUUUAUUUUGUGCCUGUAACUGAUUUAAUUAUACAAUUGUAGGGAAAGUAAUUUCUAGAGUACAAUAAUAGUUUUAAAUAUGUAAAUUUCACCGGAAGUUGUUCAUUAAAUAAGUAAAAUGAAAAUGUUCGUAUUAACAUUUCUAUAAAGUCAUGUCAAAAUAUUUUGCCUUUUAUUGUACAAUUAUUGUGUAAUAAUUUGCUUGAAGUAAUGGAAUUCAUUGAUUUAUAGACAUACUUCAAAUUAAGGUGUUUGUCUUUUUUUAUAUAUAUCCACUCUAAAUAGGACUGUCAUAGGACUAAUGUAUAGGACUAUGUACUGUAACUUGGACGAAAUCAAUUUAAAACAAAAUCCAAUAACCGUUCCUUAAAUUUAUACUAAAAUUAAAAUGGACGUAAGGAGCUGUAGCUUAAGAAGCUUUAACGCACUUUUUUAUUAUAAGUAAUAGUAUUCUAAUUUUGCAAAAAUUAUCUGCAAUGUAUUUUGUUUGUAUAGACAUAAGAUCAACAUUAUUAGUACAUAUUAUAACUAAAAUCGAUACAAAAAUACGAUUUUAUGUUAAGAUGACGCAUUAUUAGCAUUAAAGGCAAAAGGAAAUGAUUUUAAAAUAUUAUGAAAUGUUAAAGAUCAUUGAUCAUUGAAUAUAAUUAUAUUUAACAACUUUUGUUUUUAACAUCAACAAAGAAAUCAGGAUUUUGCAAAAUAAUUGAGUUAUUUAUUUAGUUAAUUAUGAGUCGUGAGAGAGUUAUUUAUAUGAUUUGAAUGUUUUAUUAAAAGUUUUUGAGUUGA